AAACAAACAAACAAGAAUGCCGGCAAGGCGCAGAAGAACGUCCGUGCCACGGACAAGAAGAAGAAGCGCAGGAGGAAGGAGAGCUUCAGCAUCUACAUCUACAAAGUCCUGAAGCAGGUACAUCCGGACACGGGCGUUUCCAGCAAGGCCAUGUCCAUCAUGAACAGCUUCGUGAACGACACCUUCGAGCGCAUCGCUGCCGAGUCCUCACGCCUGGCGCACUACAACAAGCGGGUAUCUCCCAUCACCAGUUGGGAGAUACAGACCGCCGUGCGCCUGCUGCUGCCCGGCGAGCUGGCCAAGCACGCCGUGUCCGAAGGUACCAAGGCCGUCACCAAGUACACGAGCUCCAAGUAAGCUGCGGUUCGACCACCACACAGAACAACCAAAGGCCCUUUUCAGGGCCACCCCAAAUGCUUUCCGCAGGGGCGGAGCGUUCUUGCGUGACAUGUAGA